CUUAACUGAUCGAUAAACCAUAAAACACCUAAAUUACAACACAGGCCUUAAUCUAUUGCGAGGCUGCAACAAUAAAACCGACAUCGGGAGGAAAAAGUACGGGAAGUGAAACCUUUUUUCCGGGAAGAGCCACCGAGGGUCGGAUUAAUAAAAAUUGUGCUAAUAGCGAACCAUAAAUAUACAAAUGAUAAUUAAUCGGUUUUGUGCCUCUGGUGGUGGAACGACGCACGCAAAUUAAACACUAAACAAAAAUGGAAAACGUUUUCUACAAAACGACGAUUAUACUCUACAACACGACUUCAAAAAACACAACUGAAACAUCCGACUCCGACACGAUCAACAACUGGUGGGCCUUAUCGGCCCUCAUUCUCGCUGUUGGCACUGCCGCUGGCAACAUCCUCGUCUGUCUCGCGAUAUGUUGGGAACGUCGUCUUCAAAACGUCACCAAUUACUUCCUUAUGUCUCUCGCCAUCACCGAUCUGAUGGUUGCCAUCCUCGUCAUGCCCUUAGGAAUCCUGACACUGAUUAGGGGUUAUUUUCCAUUGCCUUCAAUAUACUGCCUCGCGUGGAUAUGUCUCGACGUACUUUUUUGUACCGCUUCGAUUAUGCAUUUGUGUACUAUAAGCGUCGAUCGAUACCUCUCUCUCAGCUAUCCGAUGAAAUUCGGAAGGAACAAGUCCAGAAGAAGAGUCAUACUCAAGAUAGUUUUCGUCUGGUUAUUGUCGAUAGCCAUGAGCUUACCCUUGAGUCUCAUGUAUUCCAAAGACCAAGGCACUUUAAUAAAAGAUGGGACGUGUCAAAUUCCCGACCCGUUAUACAAACUUAUCGGUUCCAUCAUCUGUUUCUACAUUCCUUUAUUGGUCAUGUUGGUCACUUAUGCCCUAACUGUGCGUCUCCUCGCCCAUCAAAGACAGAAUUUGGGAACCCCAGAUUGGUCCAGCAAUUGGAUGGGAGGGCCAGCUCUAGAACGCCGCUGUACUUGGCGAAAACUUCUAACAAAAGCCAAACAAACAACUCCACAACACGGCCAUCAUUCGGCCACUUCGACUGACACCGAACUAACAACAAUCGAUAACCACGAAUUAUGGAUACAAGAGUCGGAACCAACACCCUGUACCAUGUCCGCUUUAGGUCAAUUCGGCGCCGAAAUGCUCAAACUUUCUCGGGGAUUAGAAGCCGCCUCACAUCUGGGGACACCACCGAGACACAUCGGUGCCUCUCCCGGAAAAACCAUCCUCAAAAUAAGUUCCGGUGACAGUUUGGCUGACUCGCAUUCCUCGUUACUGACACCGGAGACGUCCCCGUGGACCUCCAAGAGACGUCGCGCUUCGACCUUCCACGAAGGAGACACGCGAGACGAAAGUCCUUCGCCGAGAUGGCGAAAAAGACGCUCCAGCUUUCACGAACCGAGAUCUUCGGAUGUUUCUUCAGAGCUUUCGUCUGAAGCGACAGAAAGCUCAACUUUUCCCCUUCCUCCGCCAUGCACCUGUCCCUACUUCGGAGAAAAACCCCCGGAUAAAUCACCGCCACCGAAACCAGCAGAAGUUAAAAUCAUCCCCACGACCAAGUUGUCAUUAGAAGUCGAAAAAUCGCCGCUGAAAAAAUCUCUCCGGAACAGAAGCAGCACUGAUUCGUCGCCAAAUAACAUCGUCGUCACGUGGGAGGCUUCCAGGAGAAGCCAUCGACGAGGUUCAAGCUUCGGCAAUACGAAAACUACAAUUCUGAGCAAUUCGACUCAACGUACUCCGCUUCUGCUCCGUCGUUCCGCAACGCUCCGUCAAAAUGGCCACGGCGGAACAACUCUCAAAGACAAGGGUAAAAACCCAUCAUCCCCUUGUCUUUUACAAAGAUACAACUGCAAUAACGCCGCUACCACCACAAAAAGCAUCCGUUCGCACCACUCGAGAAACUCUUCCGUCAUAUCGAGGAAUUCUUCACGCCACGGAAGAAUCAUCCGUUUGGAACAGAAAGCGACCAAAGUGUUAGGUGUAGUGUUCUUCACUUUCGUGAUUUUGUGGGCACCUUUCUUCAUUUUAAACUUACUUCCGGCGUUCUGUUCCGAGUGCGAUAAGAAUCUAGACAAUUGGGUGGUGCAAUUGGUGACUUGGUUGGGUUACGCGAGUUCAAUGGUGAAUCCGAUUUUCUACACGAUUUUCAAUAAAGUUUUCAGACAAGCGUUUAAAAAAGUGUUAACGUGCAAAUAUCGCAAGACGGCUUGGAGACCGCACAGGUGACCGCAAGUGAAAAAAACGUGUAAAAAAAUUCCAGCACAGCACUGAAAUCUAAUUGUGAUAAUUGAUAAAUAUAGUGUUAAACAAAAUCGGUUCCGACGAACCGUAAAAAUGGGGGAAAAAAUGCUUUCAAUGAGUAAUCUACUAAUUAAAUUAAAAAAACAAGAAUCAUGUUUACAUGUUGUGUAACAGGUAGUUUUUAGUGACAC